GGGCAGUUGGGGAUCCAAAGAAUCCAAAAAUAAAAAUCACACGAAAAUUCCCAGCCCAUCCUAUAUCUCAGUAAGCCAACAUCCACACGCACAUACAGAAAAAACCUCAUGGCUAUAUCCCCUCUCCCCUUCCUUUACUGUCUCCUCUUCUUCCUCUUAACCCUCCCAACCCAAUCAUCAUCAUCAUCAGACCAUCCACAAACCUUCAUCAUCCACGUGUCAAGAUCCCACAAGCCCUCCCUUUUCUCUUCUCACCAUGAUUGGUACACCUCCAUCAUUCAUUCCCUCCCUCCUUCACCUCACCCUGCCAAGCUCCUCUACAACUAUAACCAUGCUAUCCGCGGUUUUUCAGCCCAACUCACAACCACCCAGGUGGAAAAGCUCCGCCGUGUUCCGGGUAUUCUUUCAGUCAUUCCCGAUCAAAUUCGCCAGCUUCACACCACGCACACCCCUGCUUUCUUGGGCUUGUCAGAAAGUUCUGGUCUUUGGGAAAAUUCUGGUUAUGGUGAUGGUGUGAUCAUUGGAGUUCUUGACACUGGAAUAUGGCCUGAGCACCGGAGUUUAUCGGAUUCCGGUCUGUCUGAUGUUCCUGCCAACUGGAAAGGGAUCUGUGAGACAGGACCUGACUUUCCAGCCUCUUCUUGCAACAAGAAACUUAUUGGUGCUAGAGCUUUUAACAAGGGCUAUAUAAGUCAUAAAGGGAGACAUAUUGAUGAAUCAAAAGAAUCUGCAUCUCCAAGAGAUACUGAAGGUCAUGGCACCCACACAUCAACAACUGCAGCUGGAUCUUCGGUCCAUAACGCGAGCCUUUUCGAGUACGCGAGUGGAGAAGCUCGUGGUAUGGCCUCAAAAGCAAGAAUUGCUGCUUACAAGAUUUGUUGGAGUUCAGGUUGUUAUGACUCUGAUAUUCUUGCUGCAAUGGAUCAGGCUAUCUAUGAUGGAGUCCAUGUGAUUUCUUUAUCUGUUGGUGCUACUGGUCAUGCUCCUCAAUAUGAUCAUGAUUCGAUUGCCAUCGGGGCAUUUAGUGCAUCACAACAUGGAAUUGUUGUGUCUUGCUCUGCUGGGAACUCAGGACCAGAUCCAUAUACUGCUGUUAAUAUUGCUCCAUGGAUUCUUACUGUCGGUGCUUCAACAAUUGAUAGAGAGUUUCCUGCCGAUGUAGUCUUGGGCAAUGGAUGGGUUUUCGGUGGGGUUUCGCUGUACUCUGGCGAUCCACUUGUUGAUUUCAAGCUUCCUUUGGUGUAUGCUGGUGAUGUUGGGAAUAGGUAUUGCUAUAUGGGGAGUAUAAGUCCAUCAAAAGUCCAGGGGAAGAUUGUGGUAUGCGAUCGCGGAGGGAAUGCAAGAGUGGAGAAAGGAGCUGCAGUGAAGCUUGCUGGUGGGCUUGGAAUGAUAUUGGCAAACACAGCAGAUAGUGGCGAGGAGCUGAUUGCUGAUUCUCAUCUUCUGCCUGCUACUGAGGUCGGUGAAAUUGCUGCCGAUAAGAUUAGAGAAUAUGUCAAAUUGAGUCAGUAUCCAACUGCAACAAUUAAUUUCCGUGGAACGAUAAUUGGGACUUCACCUUCAGCUCCUAAGGUUGCAGCCUUUUCGAGUCGUGGUCCGAAUUACUUGACACCAGAGAUUCUGAAGCCAGAUGUCAUUGCUCCUGGUGUUAACAUCUUGGCUGGUUGGACUGGAUUCGUUGGACCAACAGAUUUGGAAAUUGAUCCUAGAAGGGUUGAGUUCAACAUAAUAUCAGGUACCUCGAUGUCUUGUCCUCAUGUUAGUGGAAUUGUUGCUCUGCUUCGAAAAGCAUACCCGGAUUGGUCCCCAGCUGCUAUAAAAUCUUCUUUGGUGACCACCGCUCAUAAUUUAGACAAUUCUGGCAAGAAUAUCAAGGAUCUUGCUAGUAGUGAAGAAUCAACACCCUUCAUUCAUGGAGCUGGUCAUGUUGAUCCUAAUAGUGCUCUAAAUCCCGGACUGGUGUAUGAUAUGGACACAAGUGACUAUAUUGCAUUCCUUUGUGCAAUCGGGUAUGAUUCUAAGCGAAUUGCGGUUUUUGUCAGAGAGCCUCCUAGUUCGGACAUAUGCAGUGGUAAAGAGGGCAGUCCAGGCAAUCUCAACUAUCCAUCAUUCUCUGUUGUUUUCCAGUCCAAUAGUGAUGAGGUUACUUAUAGGAGGACGGUGAAAAAUGUUGGGAAUUCUCUUGAUGCAGUUUAUGAGGUUGAAGUGAAUGCUCCUGCAAAUGUUGACAUCAAGGUAUCCCCAAGUAAGCUCGUGUUUAAUGCAGAGAAUAAGACCGUGUCUUAUGAUAUUACCUUCUCCAGUGUUAGCUCGGGUUGGUCUAGCAUUAACUCGGCAACAUUUGGAUCGAUCGAGUGGAGCAAUGGGAUUCAUAGAGUAAGAAGUCCAAUUGCUGUCAAGUGGCGUCAAGGAUCAUCCAGGGAAUCCAUUUAAGCACUGGAUAUUGGAGAAGUAUCUGGAAUAGUUUCAAACUUGGGGCAUUGGCAGCCUCUUGUGUACAAAUUAUGUGGUGAUGAUGAUUUAGCUUUUCAUUUCAACGAGAUUUCAAAUUGGAGAUUGUGCAAUGGUUGAUCUAGGAACGGGUUAAGGUUAAUGUAUUUGAAGAAAGGCAUUUUUUUUCCUUGUUUAUAAUGUACUGAUGCUUUCCAUGGUGAAUUGGAUGAAAUAAUGCUUUAAUUGCUUCUACUAUUGUAAUCAAUAGAUUUUCUCCAUUUCUUUU